CUAUUAGUACUAAAAUGGUGGGAUGCUUCAUUUUGUGGUGGGAGUGACAAGAUUGAGAUGGAAGUUAAUAUGAUAAGAUAAGGGUAUGGAUAGGAUUUUUGGGCGAAAUCAGUGUCUUAUUUUUAGUGGGGUUUCGAUGGAAUUCUACCAUUUCCCCAUCUUUUUGUGUGUACCCUAUAAUUUCAUCAACGUUUUCUUAAUCCUUCAACAAAAUCUAACUAUAAAAUUACUAACUAAGAACAGGGCUGCAAAUUUUGAUUUGGAGCUAACAUGAUUUGGAGGCAUCUUCUUGGGCAGCUUGUUUGAUCAAAUCUCGCUACAAAUUGGGUUCCUAGUCUCCUCUCUUGCUGUUGUUGGUGGAAUUUAGAUGAUGUCUUUUCGAAUUACAAAUGAUUUUGACACGCAUUUUCAGAAAGGGAUGCCACUGACCAGCUUCUAACUUUCUUCUACUGCAGACACUAACAUUGUCCACAUUGGAACUCUCUGGGGCAUUUUGUCGAACACUUUGCCUGCCUGCCUUCCUCUUCCUCCAGUUGUCCCAAUCACCACAUUAUUUGAAAUUCCAACAGAUCCCGACGUGGGUUUUCAUAAUUUUUUAUCAACCAAAAUCCCCAUAGUGCGGUUUGUUGAAAACGAUUAAAAUAUGUAUAUACAAUACACUAAAGACAGGAAGAGUUCAUCGACCCUUGGGUUUAAAGGAGGAGGCGUUUUUGAAAGCUACAUCGACAUAUCAAUCGCCAGCAUUGAUUAUUUUGGCGAUAAUGGCUUACAUCAUAUGCACAAGGUUGCUUAUCACUAAAACCCACCCCCAAUGGAGGCCCUGGCCCUGCCACUACAUCACUUGGUUAGUAUUUGGAUGCUAUAAAUAUUGGUAGAAUCCAUUAAAAUCUCCAUGAGUUGGUGAGAGAAGAAAAAUGGAAGAGGGACAGGGAAUCAGAAAGGGUCCAUGGACAGAGCAAGAGGACAUCCAACUGAUUUGCUUUGUGGGCUUGUUUGGCGAUCGAAGAUGGGAUUUCAUUGCCAAAGUUUCAGGUUUGAAGGUGGCGGGAGACAGUUCCUAGGACUUAACAGAACAGGCAAAAGUUGCAGGCUGAGAUGGGUUAAUUACCUUCAUCCUGGUCUCAAAAGAGGCAAGAUGAGUACUCAAGAAGAACGACUCGUGCUUGAACUUCACGCCAAAUGGGGAAACAGAUGGUCCAAGAUUGCUCGCAAAUUACCAGGCCGCACAGAUAACGAAAUCAAGAACUACUGGAGAACCCAUAUGAGGAAGAAGGCACAGGAGAAGAGAAGGGCUUUGUGUUCUUCAUCUUCCUCCUCCUCCUCUUCUUCUUGUUCUUCUUCUUCUGGACCAGUGAAGUUCUUUGACUCAGGGGGGUCUGAAAUCUCGGCUUCAUCAUCAAACAAGAAGAAGGGGGAGGAAAAUCAAGGAGUGGGUGACCCAAAUGGAUACUCAAUGGAUGAUAUAUGGAAAGAUAUUGAUAUGUGUGAUGAUCAUGAGGGGUUGAUUAUAAACCAAGACUGCAACUAUUCUUGCCCUGCUUUGAAUCCUCCUUCAUGGGAGUAUUACUGUGGGGAUUCUUCGUGGAAGAUGGAGGAGGAAGAGAGUAAGCUAAUUUUCUCUGGGUAUGAUGAUCAUAACGGGAGGCCACGCCUUGCUCAAGCUAAUCAGAAUUUUUUCUAUUGAAUUUUGUGUAUAUGUAGUUGUUGUUGUCUAAGUUUUUGUGAUGUAGUUCAGUAAUGCAUAUUGUAAGGAGUUUAUGUUUAACUGUGUUUUUGUUGAACAAGAAAAUAAUGGAUUUAUAUCCAUUUCCUUCUUGUUGGCUGUGAUGAUCUUUAGGUGUUUUAAUGGCUGCUUGUUUAAAUCUUCUCUGGAUAAGCAAUGAAGUUUAUAACAACAGAG